GCGAUGGGAAGAUGGCGGCCGGCAGCAGCGGUGGCCCGGGCGCUCCGUGCCGGCACCACGCGCAGCUGGGAGCCUGCGAGUCGCGCGCCAAGUACCGCGAGGGGUGGCGGCCGCGCGCCGUGAAGGUUUACACUAUCAAUUUGGAAUCUCGCUAUUUACUGAUACAAGGAGUUCCUGCAUUAGGUGUUAUGAAGGAAUUAGUUGAACAGUUUGCAUUAUAUGGUGCCAUUGAGGAAUAUCAUGCUCUAGAUGAAUAUCCAGCAGAGCAAUUUACUGAAGUGUAUCUUAUAAAAUUCAAAAAACUGCAAUGUGCAAGGGUGGCCAAGAAAAAAAUGGAUGAACGAAGUUUCUUUGGUAGUUUGCUGCAUGUAUGCUAUGCUCCAGAAUUUGAAACAGUUCAAGAAACUAGAGAGAAGUUGCAGGAUAGAAGAAAGUAUAUAGCAAAAGCAACAAAUCAAAGAGAUUGCUUUGUGUUAAAGAAAGUAGAAGGCCCUAAGAAGACAGCCUCAAAGAGCUCUGAGCACGACAGUCCUUGGAGUAGAUCGGGAUCACACGUAGCCAGUAACUGGGAUCCAUCCUGCUUUACAAGUUCUCCUGGGGUAUCCCACAACACAACAUACCCAUCUGGGAAUCAGAAUCAGAGCCUGUUAACAUCUCCACACUACGAUAACAAUUGUGCUGAAAGUUCUGGGUACUUUGGUCACAACACAUCUUUAACUCCAAGUGUACAUCCAGGAGGACAUACUCCACCACCUUCCUUAAUGCAGCAAAGAAUGGUUCCAGCUUACAAUGGAAUUGACAGGUUUAUGCCUCGUACAACUCACCUGCAAGAACGUAAGAGGAAGAGAGAAGAAGGUAACAAGUUUUCCCUCAUUGGAACAAGUGAGGACAAUACUGAAGUUGUUAUUGGUCCGCAACUACCAGAAAUACCUAAAGUGGAUAUGGAUGAUGAGUCUUUGAAUACUUCAGCUACAUUAAUUCGAAAUAAACUGAAAGAGGUAGCAGAUUCUGUUUCAAUGUCUGUGGAAAAGCCAGAGAGCAGCUCAGCCAAACCACUUGUAAAGCAGAGAAGAAGAAUAUAGAUACUGCUGGCAGCAUCUUCCAACAGUCCUUUUGUAAAGAAUAUAGUUUAAAAUACUUUAUUUUUUUAUGUAAAAAAAAAAAAAACUUUCUUUGUAUUGUAUUUCCCAGUGAUUCCCUGUUAAAAAUUGUAUCAGUUUGUUACUUGGAAUGAAGAAACCAAUAUACUGUAUUAUUGUUGCAGCGUUGUCCUGUGUACCUCAUAUUGUAACAUAUUUUAUAACUUAGGGAAGAACUCUAUUUAGGUAGACUUAUAAAAGUAAAUUAAUUUAUUCAAUAGCUGUAACACAAAGGACUACUGAAGCUUAGGAGCAAGUUGAAAUUAUUACUGUUUUUACUGUAUCACAAAGAAUGGUGAAGACAAAGACCCCUUUUAACAGUACUCAGCAAUGGAGUUACAACUUGGAGUUCUUAUUUAGGAGUUUCCCGGAAAACUUUCUGUUCAAAUGCGAUAAUGCUCUGUUUAAAAAAAAAAAAAAAAAAAAAAACAAA